AGCACCUCUGCGGUCUGAGGAAUGUCAACUAUUCAACAUGGAGGCGGAGGUCGAUAAGCUGGAACUGAUGUUCCAGAAAACUGAUUCUGAUUUGGAUUACAUUCAGUAUAGGCUGGAAUAUGAAAUCAAGACUAAUCACCCAGAUUCAGCAGGAGAGAAAAAUGCAGUUACAAUUUUAAAGGAAUUUUCAGUAAUAAAGUCUCAAUAUAAAGCUUUGUCUGCACGCUUUAAGCCAAUUUCUAUUGAGCAAAAAGAAAACAAGAGCCGCAUUUGUGCUUCUCUGAGCAAGACAAUGACCAUGAUCCAAGAACUAGAAAAGCAGACAGACCUGGAGCUAACUCUUCUGACUGAAGAAGAGAAAGCUGUUACAGAGCAGUUAAAAUCUCACAUGCCGUACUUAAAAAGACAUGAGAUUUUAAAAAGGAACUCUAAUGGAGCAAAGAGCAAUUCAAAAGACAUUCAGCGUGAUGCCCUAUUGAUGUCAUUAAUCUAUCAAGGGAUUGGAAGCUGCUAA